ACAAUCCUGAGCCACAUUUGAACCAAUGGUGAGGCGAACGGCACUGCUUUAGCCAAUGAUAAACUAGAGUGAGUGCGCACUCCUUUGGGUGACGAGUCGACGACCAUGGACCGGAGUAGCGUCCUCUUCGGGGUUACAAACUUUUAGCAUUUAGUUUCAUUUGGGCAGAACGGAGCUGCCCUGAGCAGCAAUGGGGGAGUUGGAGGGUUCAUAUCGGGUUCUGCAGACCCCUGGCACCAGGCUGGGAGCCCAGUUCAAUGCUGGUAUCAGCACUCUGGAGCCGGGCCAGAGCCUCGGUGGCAACAUGGUCAGCGGGAGCAGAGCCUACGGGCGGGGAGUACAAAUCCGCGUGGAGGGGCUGGACGACUCCCAGGAGUUCUUUGAUAUAGACCCAAGAUCCCUUGGACAGGCCCUCCUUUCUGAGGUUUUCCACCGAGGCAACCUCAUAGAGAGCGAUUACUUUGGCCUCGAGUUCCAGAACAUGCAGAUGAAGUGGGUUUGGCUGGAACCCACCAAACCCAUUGCAAAACAAGUCAGACGACCAGCAAAUACGCUGUUUAGACUGUCUGUGAAAUUCUUUCCCCCUGACCCUGGUCAGCUGCAGGAGGAGUACACGAGGUACCUUUUCUCCCUGCAGAUGAAGAGAGAUCUGAAGGAGGGCAGACUGAUCUGCACAGAAAAUACUGGAGCUCUGCUGGCCUCUCACCUCGUCCAGUCGGAGAUCGGUGACUAUGACGACGUAGCGGACAGGGACUUCCUGAGGACAAACAAGCUGUUGCCUUACCAAGAGAAAGUGCAAGAGAGGAUCAUGGAGCUCCACCGCAGGCAUCUUGGCCAGACUCCUGCCGAAUCAGAUUUCCAAAUCCUGGAGAUUGCCCGUAAACUGGAAAUGUACGGGGUCCGCUUCCACCCAGCGGCCGACCGCGAAGGCACCAAGAUCAACCUGGCCGUCGCUCACAUGGGGCUCCAAGUUUUUCAGGGCAUCACAAAAAUUAAUACCUUCAACUGGUCAAAGAUUCGCAAACUGAGCUUCAAGAGGAAACGGUUCCUCAUCAAGCUCCACCCUGAGGUCCAUGGCCCCCACCAGGACACCCUUGAGUUCAUGAUGGGUAGUCGAGACCAGUGUAAAAUCUUUUGGAAGAUCUGCGUUGAGUACCACUCGUUCUUCCGUUUGUUCGACCAGCCUCAACCGAAAAACAAAACCAUACUCUUCACGAGAGGUUCCUCUUUCAGAUACAGUGGAAGGACCCAGAAGCAGCUCGUGGAAUAUGUCAGGGAAAAUGGAGCAAAGAGAACCCCUUACCAGAGGAGGAACAGUAAAAUAAGAAUGUCUGCUCGCUCCUUAGCAACAGAUGUGCCAAAACAGAGCUUGUCCUUCAACGACAGUCUCAGGGUCCGAGGCUCCUCCCCCUCCGCCGCCGUGUCCUUCCACCCGUUGCACGUCUCGAGCGUUCUCCCGCGAACAGAACCGCCACCUCAGACGCAGCCUUCGUCCGCACUGAGCCUGUCUCCGGCGCCUCCCUCACCUCAGCGCCAGCAGUUUCAGUCCCCCCUGCAAGACACCAGACCCCCCAGCCCCCCGAGGGAAGAGCCCGUCAAGGCCGCGUCCCCUUCGCACUUCGCUUUUCAAGAUUCGGUGGUGGACAGCCCCCAGCUCUCGCCCUUACCCUCCAAGGGUCCGCUCAGCCUGUCGCCUUCCUUCCAGGUGUCGACCCUCAGCCUUCCGGGCCAGGGCCUGUCGCCCCUGCAGAGCCCCAUCCUGAGCGAUGUGGGCAGCAAUGCCAAGCUAGAGGAGGAGGAGGAAGGCAGGAGGAAGCGGUAUCCCACAGAUAAGGCCUACUUCAUUGCCAAAGAGAUUCUGACCACAGAGCGGACGUACCUGAAAGACCUCGAGGUCAUCACAGUGUGGUUCCGUAGCGCUGUAAUCAAAGAAAACGCCAUGCCUGAAGGCCUGAUGACCCUCCUCUUCUCCAACAUUGACCCCAUCUACGAGUUCCACCGAGGCUUCCUGAAGGAGUUGGACCAGAGGCUGGCUCUCUGGGAGGGGCGCUCAAAUGCUCAUGUCAAGGGUGACUACCAGAGGAUUGGUGAUGUGAUGCUGAAGAACAUGUGUGCUCUUAAGGAAUUCACCAGCUUCCUACAGAAACACGAUGAGGUGCUGACGGAGCUGGAGAAAGCCUCCAAGAGGCUGAAGAAGCUGGAGACGGUCUACAAAGAGUUUGAACUGCAGAAGGUCUGCUACCUGCCCCUCAACACAUUCCUGCUCAAGCCCAUCCAGCGCCUCAUGCACUACAAACUCAUCCUGGAGAGACUGUGCAAGCAUUACUCCCCCACCCACCGCGACUAUGACGACUGCAAGAAGGCUCUGAAUGAGGUGGCGGAGAUAGCGACUCAGCUCCAGAGCAGCCUCAUCCGGCUGGAGAACUUCCAGAAGCUGACGGAGCUGCAGAGAGACCUCAUCGGCAUCGAGAACCUAACGGCGCCCGGCAGGGAGUUCAUUCGAGAGGGGUGUCUGUACAAGCUCACCAAGAAGGGACUGCAGCAAAGAAUGUUUUUCCUGUUCUCGGACAUGCUCCUCUACACCAGCAAAGGUGUCACAGCGACCAACCAGUUCAAAGUUCACGGACAGCUGCCCCUUCAUGGCAUGAUUCUCAUAGUGCUGGACGCACCGGUUGAGGAAAGUGAAAAUGAAUGGUCAGUCCCCCACUGCUUCACCAUUUACUCUGCUCAGAGGACCAUUGUUGUGGCUGCCAGCUCUAAAGUGGAGAUGGGGAAGUGGAUUGAGGAUCUGAACAUGGCCAUUGACAUGUCCAAGAAGUCUCAAGAGAAGUCCAGCAUCUUCCUUGACGCUGGCCUCAGCGACCGCUCCAACAGAUCGUCUGACGAGGUUUCUCUGGAGCAGGAGUCGGAGGACGACAUGAACUCCUCCCGCACGUCUCUGGACAAGCAGACGCACCACCGUGCCAACACAACCAUGCAUGUGUGCUGGCACCGCAACACCAGCGUGUCUAUGUCUGAUCACAGCCUGGCUGUGGAGAACCAGCUGUCUGGCUACCUCCUGAGGAAGUUUAAGAACAGUAACGGCUGGCAGAAACUCUGGGUGGUUUUCACCAACUUCUGCUUGUUCUUCUACAAAACUCACCAGGACGACUUCCCUCUCGCCAGCCUCCCUCUGCUCGGCUACACGGUCAGCACCCCCGAGGAGUCGGACAGCAUCCACAAGGAGUACGUCUUCAAGCUGCAGUUCAAGUCUCACGUUUACUUCUUCAGGGCAGAGAGCGAGUACACCUUUGAAAGAUGGAUGGAGGUGAUCAAGAGUGCAGCCAGCACCGUGGGUCGGAUGAGCCUGCUCAUAACUAAAGGAGGGCCCAUGGAGAUCAACGGGAACUAAAUCAUCACGGCGUUACGUGUCUGGGGGCUGGGCCUCCGGGACGUCAGAAAGACUCUUCAGGCUCUUCCAAGUGUCAUUUCUGAAUGGAACGAAGAUUCGGACAAGAAGACUGAAAGAUACUGCCAGUAUGAGUGUUAAUGUUUCUCAGCUUCGUUCUAAUGGUCUGUGCAUUUUUUUCUUUAAUAAUGGUGUAAAUGUUAACAUUUGUUUCAGUCUGCAGGAUAUAUUGAAAGGGAGACUUACGCAUUAUUAUCAGCACUCGGCUGAGCUGCUCACAUAGACUGAUGGGAAAUCUUUUAUUUUAUUUUAUUUUUUAACGGGACCAACGCAAAGGGCUUUUUUUUCUCUUUAGCACAUCAUGACUGAAGUUUACUGGGUACAGGUGACUGUGACUGGAGUACAGAUGAUGAAAUACGGUACGUGGGAAGUGAAGGUACAGCCGAUAAGUGUGCGCUCUCUCCACUGCGCUGGGAGAGCUGACGGAGGCGGGAGGGAAAGCUAAUGAAAUGUCGAACCAAGUUGGAGGCGAGAAGUCGUUCGGUGGCGGGAGGCUUUGCGGGAACGGUCGGUACGAGCAGCAUUUAUUCCUAAAACUCCCGAGGCCAGUCCAGUUUAAGGUUGGCGAGAAGACGCGGCUCGUGUCUCGAAUGCUCAAAAAGGGAGCCGCUCCACUCAAUGCUCCUGAUUAGCCGCGGCCGGUCUGGUGCUAUGUUUCUCUUAUAGCGGGCGUAAUCGAACGUAUCCCGUGUUUUAAUUUUGCAUAGUGAAAGCAGUUUGAGGACAUACUGUGCUGUGUGGGUACUCUAGUGUUAACUCUGUAAACGUUUGCAUAUUUUCCUUCUAAAAAAAAAAAAAACAAAACCGAAGAACAUAUUUUGAGGUAAUCUUGCUGUGCUCUUAGAUGAAUGGGAGCUGACUUUUGUGAGGUACAGAUGACAUUUAGUGCUUUACAUGAAACCAUGUUGUUGCUGUUAUUAUAUAUAUAUAUAUUUUUAUGAAGACUGGAAUCUUUCCCCUCUGUGUGUGCGUGCAUGUGCGUGGAGAAGCCGACCUGCACCUCCCCUGCCUCUGGAGCUCGAGGAGAGAGUGAUGAUGGAGGUGACUUUCAAACCAUCAGGCAUUCUGUGUGUAAAAGACUGACUUGUGUUUUAUUUUUUUCGCAGUUAACAUCCAGUAUGUUUCUCUAUUUAUUGUUUAGGAUGCUGUCAGGGCCUUCGUGUAGCCUUCAUGUUAUUCCAUUGAAAUUCUAACAAAUAAAACAUUUAAAUCAAAA